AUGAACAUUUAUUCAAUAGACUUGUCCAAUUCCAGGGACAACGUGGCGUUACUUUCAAAUGCCUAUUACGGUGAAGGAGCUUGCAAAAUACCGCACGUAGGAUACGCCAUAUAUGAUGGGGCAGCGAUUGUUUACAAUACGACCGUUACGUACACAUGUGCAGGAGGCUACAGCCAUACGAAUGGCAAUUUAGUGAGGACUUGUCAAGCUGACGGUCAAUUGGAUGGUGUUUCCCCAACUUGUACUAUUGGUUCACGUCUUAUUAGACUACGUAACGGUACAACGCAAUUAGAGGGUCGUGUUGAAGUACUUCACAAUGGAACAUGGGGUACGAUCUGUGAUGAUGGAACAGACGUAUACUUUGCCAAGGUCGUAUGUCGACAGCUCGAAUAUGAAACGGUCAAUGUUGCGGUUCAUUCGAAUGCCUAUUUUGGUGCAGGCAGUGAUCAGAUUUGGCUGGACGAUGUUUCAUGUCAAGGAAAGGAGACUGUGGUCGACUUGUGUAUGUCCAGAGCAUGGGGACAACACAACUGCGGACAUAAUGAAGAUGUCGGAGUUACAUGUAGUUCAAGUGCUAUCAGACUACGUAACGGUUCAACGCAAUUAGAUGGUCGUGUUGAAGUACUUCACAAUGGAACAUGGGGUACGAUCUGUGAUGAUGGCAUAAACAUAAACUUUGCCAAGGUCGUAUGUCGACAGCUCGGAUAUGCUACGGGCAAUGUAACGGUACGUUCGAGUGCUUAUUACGGUAGAGGUACUGGCCCAAUCUGGCUGGACAAUGGUAUUUGUCAAGGAAACGAAAGUGUGAUCAACUUGUGUGUUUUCAAACAUUGGGGACAGCACGACUGUUCGCAUGGAGAAGAUGUCGGAGUUGCAUGUAGUAAAUAUCGUCUUUUACCUCUCCAUUUCUUGGAGUUCGAUAGAAAAUGUAUUAACUACUAGAACAGUACAUACAUGUAUCUUACAUACAAAGCAAAAACAAAAAUAAUCAACAUUUAUAUACGAGGCAGAAAGUGCAUUUAAGAAUAAAGGAAAACAAUUAAAUGGAGUACGAAUGUUUCAAGCCUUAAAUGAU